AUGGGUGCAGAUGAAGUACAGCUUGACGAUAAAGCCAAGAGAAUGCGCGAUCUGUUAUCCAGUUUCUACUCUCCAGACCCUUCCAUCUCUUCUAACUCCACCGGCAUCACUUCCCCCAAACACGCUUCUAUCGACGACAUUAACUCCUCUGAAUUUGAUCCCGAUCAGUACAUGAACAUACUCGUAUAUAAGUCCAAUUUGGAAGGCUUACUUCAGCGACAUGUUGAAAUGGCUGCUGAAAUUAAGAAUCUCGAUACUGAUUUACAAAUGCUUGUUUACGAGAAUUAUAACAAGUUCAUUAGCGCUACAGAUACUAUAAAGAGAAUGAAAAGUAACAUUUCAGGGAUGGAGACUAAUAUGGAACAGCUUCUUGACAAGAUAAUUUCUGUCCAGUCAAGGAGUGACAAUGUGAACACUUCAUUAUUUGACAAAAGGGAGCAUAUUGAAAAACUUCAUAGGACUUGCAAUCUUCUUCGGAAAGUUCAGUUUAUAUAUGAUCUUCCUGAUAGACUUGCCAAGUGCAUCAAGUCAGAGGCGUAUGCAGAUGCAGUUAGGUUUUACAUUGGAGCAACGCCGAUUUUUAAGGCAUAUGGAGAUUCAUCGUUUCAGGACUGUAAGCAAGCAUCUGAAGAAGCAAUAGCUAAUGUAAUAAGAAACUUGCAGGGGAAGCUAUUUUCAGAUUCUGAAUCAAUACAAGUGAGAGCCGAGGCUGCAAUGCUCCUUAAGCAGUUGGAUUUUCCGGUGAACAACUUGAAGUCACAGUUACUUGAGAAAUUAGAACAAUCCAUCAGAGACAUUCAGCUGAGCCCCGAGGAAAUAAACAAUACUUCGGGAGACUCUUCUCCUUCACCAUCUGCUCACAAGGUAACAACUCAUGAAUUUAUGGAGGCAGUUCGUGCUCUUUUAGUCAUAUUUCCGGAUUCAGAAAAGCAGUUGAUCAAACUCGCUCAAGAUUUGGUUACUAAGAAUUUUGUAAUUGCAAAGGAAUAUGUACAGACACGGAUUCACCCAGCAGAUCUACUCGGUGUUCUUCGAGUUGUUUGGAAUGAUGUACUUCUGAUAGAUGAAGUCUUGCCGGAAGCAACUCUCUCUAACCAUUCUCUUCAGGCUGCAAGUGCUGUUGUUACGGUGUAUGUUAGAAGUGCAUUUUAUCAUCUUCUGCAAGACAUCUCAGAUUCCUUCUCACAAGUCCUGAAAAAGGAGGGAGCAGAUCAGUACUCUCUUGAAGCUGUUCUUGAUGCUAGUAGAAAAGCAGUUCUGCAAGGAGGCAUGAACGUCUUGCUGGACUUUCGCAAAAUUUUAGAUGAUGACUCCGGGAUCUUAGUUAGGCUAAGAGAGUUAUUUGUUGAUUUGGUUCAAGAAGGAUUUCAAGACUUCUUUAGGCAACUUGAAGAUCAAUUCCUCCUAAUUUCGGGAAGGAAUAAUUCUUCAGCUAUUCAAGUUCAUGGUUUGGUGGCAGAGGGAGCUAUUGUUGAAAAAGCUUUUCCUGGCCUUGUCCUAGUGCUGGCACAAUUGUCUGCUUUUAUUGAACAAACUGUCAUCCCCAAAAUCACUGAGGAAAUAGCUGCUUCCUUUUCUGGUGGCAGUGUUAGAGGCUAUGAAUCUAGACCUGCAUUUGUUCCUGGAGAAAUCUGUAGAAAUUUCCGCUCAGCUGGUGAAAAAUUCCUGCACCUGUACAUAAAUAUGAGAACUCAAAGGAUUUCACUUAUCCUGAAGAAGAGGUUUACAACGCCUAAUUGGGUUAAGCAUAAGGAGCCAAGAGAAGUGCACAUGUUUGUUGAUUUUUUUCUUCAAGAGCUUGAAGCUAUAGUUAAUGAAGUGAAGCAGAUUUUGCCUCAAGGUACACGAAAGCACCGCAGGACUGAUAGUAAUGGAAGUAGUGUUUCAUCAAGGAGUAAUCCCUUGCGGGAGGAGAAACUGGGUAGGUCAAAUACUCAAAGGGCAAGGAGCCAGCUUCUGGAAACACAUCUAGCAAAACUGUUUAAGCAAAAAGUUGAAAUUUUCACAAAAAUAGAAUAUACACAGGAGUCUGUUGUUACUACUAUAGUGAAACUCUGCCUGAAAAGUUUACAAGAAUUCGUCCGUCUCCACACUUUUAACAGGAGUGGAUUCCAACAAGUUCAACUGGAUAUCCUGUUCCUGAGGACCCCUUUUAGGGAAAUAGUUGAAGAUGAAGCUGCAGUCGACUUCUUGCUUGAUGAGGUGAUUGUUGCUACUGCUGAGCGGUGUCUCGAUCCAAUUCCAUUGGAGCCUCCCAUUCUGGACAAACUUAUACAAGCAAAGUUGACUAAAACCAAGGAACAGAGCACAACAAUCUCUACAUAA